CGUCACCCGUGGUUACAGAGAAGCGGAAGCCAUAUGUGAUGUCUAGAUUCUAGAUCUAGGGCAUAACGCUAAGUUUAAAGUAAAUUAAACUUUAAAGUAAUUACAAUUAGUUAACCCUAAAUAAUUAAUCUAGAUCUAUACCGAUCUAGAUUUUUAGAUCUAUAAUAAUAAUGGGUUUACUCUCAUUGCUUCGAAAACUGAGAUCAAAUCCUGAUUUGGAGCUUAGAAUUCUGCUACUAGGACUUGACAAUGCUGGGAAAACAACUUUACUAAAGGUUUUAGCUUCAGAAGAUAUAACACAUAUUACACCAACACAGGGAUUUAAUAUCAAAUCAGUGCAAUCUAAAGGUUUCAAGUUGAACGUCUGGGAUAUUGGAGGACAACGAAAAAUUAGGCCUUACUGGAAAAAUUAUUUUGAAAAUACUGAUCUCUUGAUAUAUGUCAUUGACAGUGCUGAUCGCAAAAGAUUUGAAGAAACAGGGGAGGAGUUAACAGAACUGUUAGAAGAAGAAAAAUUAGCUGGAGUACCAGUUUUAAUAUUUGCUAAUAAACAAGAUUUACUUACAUCAGCUAAGGCGAGUGAAAUAGCUGAAGGAUUGAACCUAAAUUCAAUAAGAGAUAGAGAGUGGCAAAUCCAAGCAUGUUCUGCUGUGUCCGGUGAAGGAAUAAAAGAAGGUGUAGAGUGGAUGACCAAAACCUGCAAUAACAGAAAAAAGUAAAUAUAACUUAUAACACAAUUCAACGUGAUUGAGAAGUGCAAAUAGUGUGCAUUGAACUACAAGAUUGUAAAUACAAAAAAAAAAUGUUCUUUUGAAUGUGCUUCAUUAUACAAUUCAACUAUUGUUUAUGUGAUGCACGUUUUUUUACAUGCAAUAUAUGCAUUUGUUAAUAAUGUUUUAAAUAAUUAGAGAAAAAAAUAGGUUGCAGCUUAACUAGGUAAAUUAAAAUAUAAAUAAACAACCUUCAUAUUAAUUUGGAAAGCCUGCGGUAAAACCUAAUGCAUUCAUAUGAACUUCAGAAUCAGAUUUAGUAUUUUCCAAGCAAGAACAAAUGACUUGCUGGGCAGGUAGUUGUAUUUUUCGCAAAUUAUUUUUAUUUAUAUUAUUUUAAAAAAUCUUCCUUGGCAUUGGUAUACAUUCUCAAUUGAUAGUAAAUCUCAUUUCUCUGAAGACAAGUCUGAAUCUACCCUGCAACUGGAAAAUCAUUUUGUUUCCGUCCACACAUAUAAUUCAUUUAGUCAUUAAAGACAUUUUUUUUUAGAGUUAGUCCUGACAUUUUAAACCAUAUGUAUUAGUCAUUUGUUGAAUCCAAUGUCUAUUUGUAAAAUAAGUGUCUGCACAUCACAAGCAGUUAUUACAGUAAAUUCUUCAUAUUAACUCAGUUUCACCAAAAUAUUUAUUUAGGCCCUCACUGGGGGAUUUGAAAAACAGUUUAAAAAAAGAACUAGAAGUAUUAAUAUAGAAAUGAAUAACAACAUCCUUCUAGGAUCUUAAUAUGGAAAACAUUCUAAUGCUAAAACAAAAUGUGAUUAUAAUUUUUUUUAUACAUGAGAGAAAAAGAGAGAUACAGAUUAAGGUGAAAGUGCAACAGAAUGUUAAUUUCCUAUGAAGCUGUAAUAAAUAUAUAUUACAUAUCUCUUACAAAUUUUGUGUAAGAAUAAUGCAUUAAAUUAUACAUUUUAUUUA